UGGUCGGUUGUCAUUUUAACAUCUCUCCUCCCACACGUAUUCUUCACCACCUUUGCUUUAUAUUUUACCUCCAUUUUCAAUCUUCUAUGCCAGAGAAAAGAUGGCAAGUCUCAAGGUGCUCUUACCACUUCUCUCUAUUCUGCUCAUCAUUUCCUCAGAGAUGAAAGUGAUUGAAGGUGUCCGAAUCUUUACCAUAAUUAACGACUGCAAGGAGACAGUAUGGCCUGCAAUAACUCCAGGUGACAACUUCAAUGGAGGUGGAUUUGCAUUAACACCAGGACAAUCCAUUGUUUUCAAUGCCCCGGUUGGAUGGGUUGGUAGAAUAUGGGCUCGAACCGGUUGCAAUUUCGACAAAAACGGCAACGGAUCAUGUCAAACCGGUGCUUGUGGCACAUCCUUAAAGUGUAAGGCUUCAGGUCAAACUCCAGCUUCACUAGCUGAAUUCACUUUGGCAGCAGUCGAUUACUACGAUGUUAGCUUAGUGGAUGGGUUCAAUUUGCCAUUAGUCGUAACACCGAUCAACGGUCAAGGAAAUUGCAGCGUCGCCGGAUGUGAUAUGGACUUAAGAUCUAACUGCCCGUCGGAGCUUGCCAUGAAGAGAAAAGGGAAGAUUAUCGGCUGCCGGAGUGCAUGUGAUGUGUUUAACACUGAUGAGUAUUGCUGUAAAGGAGUUUAUGGGAAUCCUGUAAUUUGCAAACCCACGUAUUACUCCAAUAAGUUUAAGGAAGCUUGCCCUACUGCUUACAGUUAUGCAUACGAUGAUCCCACGAGCAUUUUUACUUGCUCUGGAACUGAUUAUGUUAUCACUUUUUGUGCAUCUAGGAACCAACAGGUUUGCACUUACCAUGAUAAGAAGCUUGUUUGUGGUGGAUCUCAAGGAUUAAAAUCUUUGAUUGGAAGAUGGUGGGCUCUCAUGCUUACAUUGCCAUUAAUGGUUAAUUGGUGGAUUGUAUAGUAGUUAAUUGAAGACUUAGCUAUUGGGUUUGUGAUUAACCAGUGCAAUUUGUGGAAGGAUUAUAUAAUUUUCUCUUCUCUUUGCUUGGAGGAAGUGUCCAAAUGGGGAAAUGUAAUGUAGAUUUGUCUUACUACUAUUGUUUUUCUUCCGUCCAAUGCCAAGAACCAAUUUGCAAUUAUCCGGAUGUAACGUUAAAUUCAAUCUAACUUUCUUUUACCUUUUUGAUA